AUGGCCUGGCGCGACAUUGUCAUGGUCAUUGCUGAAUAUCAGCGUCGCUUUCUCAAUAUCUGGGCACUUCUAGAUUACUACAAAAUCAUUGAGCCCCGCAUGCGUUUCGUCGACACCACACAUAAUGUUAAUUCUAAAUGGAUGGGUUGUUUCACUCAAGAUGUCGCUAUUGCCACGAAGGUGCACGCUGCUGGAGUUCCUGUCUGGCUUAUUCACGAUGCCAGACUAAUUCAAUCCAAUAUAAACAUCAUCAAAGUUGUUUCAUUCACACCA